UUCAAAAUUAUGUGACUUUUGGCUAACAUCAGCAUGAUAUCAAGCGAAAUAGUAAGAAGAAGAAGAAACGUAAAUUAUACGAGUUCGUUCGACGAUUGUUUAUUUGCCGGUUAUUUCGUUGAUGUCCUUGGUUUUGUUGUGAAAUUCAUUAAAAUUUUGUAAAAAUGUCGUCUGCGAGUCCGAAUAUCCAGGAUGAAGACAUGUUCAAAAUUCUUGUUGCAACCGACAUUCAUUUGGGUGUUCAUGAGAAAGAUCCAGUGCGAGGCAAUGACUCCUUCAUCGCUUUCGAAGAAAUACUUCAACAUGCCGUUCAGAAUGAUGUUGACUUCAUACUACUUGCCGGAGAUCUGUUUCACAUUGCCAAUCCAUCGACGAACACUCUACAGAAGUGUAUGCAGCUACUGAGAACGUAUACGCUCGGCGACAAGCAAAUUCCAUUUGAAAUCAAAAGUGACCAGGCUGUAAAUUUCACUUCGAUCAACCACAGUGUCAAUUAUGAGGAUCCAGAUAUGAACAUCAAGUACCCAGUUUUCUCCAUUCACGGGAACCACGACGAUCCGAGUGGUUUCGGUCGACUCAGUUCAUUGGAUUUGCUAGCAACAAGUGGUUUGGUCAAUUACUUUGGCAAAUGGACUGACUUGACUCAAGUGCAAAUUGACCCCAUAUUGAUCAAAAAGGGUGAAACGCAGCUGGCAUUAUACGGUCUCAGUCACAUACACGACAAUCGUCUAGCAAGACUUUUCCUUGAUAACAAAGUAGUCUUGGAAGCACCAGACGAAUCCAGCGGCCAAUGGUUCAAUUUACUCGUACUGCAUCAAAAUCGAGCGGAUCGUGGACUGAAAAAUUUCUUACCGGAAAAUCAGUUGCCGGAAUUUCUGCAUUUAGUGGUUUGGGGUCAUGAGCACGAUUGCCGAAUUUUCCCGGAGGCAAAUGGAAACAAAGGCUUUUACGUAUCGCAACCGGGAUCGUCCGUUGCCACAUCAUUAUCGGAAGGCGAAGCGAUUGACAAACACGUUGGACUGUUGCUGAUUCACGGAACACAGUUUCGAAUGGAACCGAUUAAACUGAAGUCGGUGCGGCCAUUCGUCUUUGACUCCAUUCAUCUGGCCGAGGUGGAGGAAGAGCUUGGAUUCAACGAAGGCAAUACGGUCGAUAAGGUUCAGGAUUAUGUGGCGGAGAAAGUUAAAGAUAUGUUGCUGGUGGCAAAAAGCAAAGAGUCCGAUCAUCCCAAUCAACCGAAAGAACCUCUUAUUCGUUUACGGGUAUUCUAUUCGGGCGAGGAUCAGGUAUUCAACGCUAUCAGAUUCGGGCAGCAGUACAACCAAAAGGUUGCAAAUCCGCUGGAUAUGAUUUUCCUCAAACGAGCCAUUUCCAAACAAAAGUUCGAUUUAAAACCGUUGGACUCAACCGCUAUGAACAGGGCCGCACACGUCGAAGAAGAUGAACAAAAUCGAGUCGAAGAUAUUGUCGAAAAAUACUUUGAAGAAGCUGACCCUUCCAAAGUGUUGCAAGUUGUGCCAACGAAAGCAUUUUCCGAGCUAUGCCGUCGUCUUGUAUUAAAUGAUGAUGACGAUGCCGCGGAGAGAAUAAUUAGUUUCUACAGCGACAAAGCUUGUGACUAUCUCAAUGAAAACAUGCCAGCUGAAGAUAGUGUCGACGAUGCGUUGAAUGAAUUUCGAAGCGGUGGAGAUAUGCUACAAGCAAUGUUAAAUAUGCUUGAUACAAGAGGUGUGAAAAAGAGAUCCGUCACGUCGAUUGAUACUGCAAGUGCGGCAAACAGUAACGAUUCGGUGACCUCAAGCUCAAAUAAUCUAUUUUCAUCACCAAUGAAGGCUCCGGCGACAACAGCUACUCGUGGUAGAGGUAGAGGAAGGGGCGCCCGAGGCGGCGCAGCAUCAUCAUCGAAAAAUGAUUCCAGCACAACCAAAACCACUGCAAGAGCAAGUAGAGCGACAAAAACACCAGCGCAGCCAUCAGUUGCCGCUAUGUUCUCAACGAGCACCGUAAACACGUCUCAAGGAACAUCAACAAGAACGAGUCAACGGCCUGCUCGUCGAGGAAAUUUUACACAGUAUAUAGAGGACUCGGACUCUGAAUAGAAUUUAAGCGAAAUUUCGAAACACCGGCUGUUGUGGUACCACAUAUAUUCAUUUUGUACGUCAGUAAUAAACGUUAAGUUUUGUUAA